UCCCUCAGUGCCAUGCCAUUGUUAUUGUGACCCCCCAACAAUUAUCAAACAACCACACAACUAUCCUAGCAACCAUGCUAUUGCCUCCACCACCCAAAAGCGAUUCAAAUCUCCGUUGGAAGGAACAUCUAAUAUAAUAUCUGGUCAUGCAGAAAAUCUGCAAGAAAAUAAGAAUCAAAGCUUCAAUAUAUAGAUUUAAAUUAACUUUGUUAUAAUCACGUAGAUGUCAUAUAAGGUAUCUCUAUUAUGUUAUACGACAAAGGUGAUAAGUGAGAAAAAUGUCAGGACAAAAAAAUAAAUGAAAAAUGGUUAUAAAAUUAAAGUAAAUUAAAAUCAAUAAACAAAGUUACUUUUUCCAUCUCAUUUUAUUUGUUCACUUCCAUAAAUAAAAAGAAAAAAAUACAUCUUACUAUAUAAUAUACGCCGAGGUUAAACAGUGAUUAAUGGAAGUGAAUAGUGAAAUAUAAUCUUAAACGAAUUUUAUCCAGAGUUAAAGAACUAAAUCCAAAAAAUUAAUUUCAUAAUCUCAAAUCAUAUGUUAAUGGAACGACAACUUUGCCACUGCUGAUGCUAAUCAAAUAGUCAGGACAAAUUUUUUUUUAAAAAAAAGUGUUCAUCAUGACGUGGCACUUUGACUCAUUCCCACGUGGUCCAAGUGUAAGACCAUGACUAUGAUAGUGAAGAAUUCUUAGGUGGCAAGCUACUUGGUCUGUCACAAAGGUUUCGAGGGGUCCAACGAACAAAACAACAACUAUUGAAGCAAAUACAAACAUGUCAUGUCAUAUCAUGUUCUAAAGGACAGGGUUGUGUGGAAGGUGGGAUUACAUUGGAACAUGAUCCUAAAUCUAUUCUUCUUUCGUUGCAACUGCAAGAUCGGCCAUUUUGUUUCUGUGACCCGCUUGUGCUGUGUUGUCCACUGGCAUAUUAUUCUUUGAAUUUUCCUACUACCUUCACUUUAUCAAUAUGCACAAUUAUGCAGCGAAGAAAGAGUCAGAGAAAGAGACAGGGUCAAGUGGUUUAGGUGGGAAUAUGGAACACAGGGUAGACAGACUCAAAACUGCAAAUAUCUCCCCUUUACCACGGUUUUGAAUCCCAUUCAUUGCAUUUGUUUUUUCUAUUUUUAACCGUAGUUUUAUUAUUUUCCUUCUGUGCUCAAGAGUGAGUAACAAUGCUUUAAUGGGUGUGGAUCAAUUUUGUGUCUUUUUCAUCACAUAGCAUACCCUUUUGGCGACAUGUUAGGGGAAGAGGAGAAGGAGAAGGCCACCACAGGUAACGGUGUUGGAAGGAAAACCUAUUCUCGUUCAGUUUCAUGGAGUGAUAGGUCCCCUAAUAGCCGUAGUAAACCACCAACAAAUAGCAAACCACGAUCACUGUUGCCACCCCUUCAACCUCUUUCAAUCAACAAGCGUAACGUGGAGGAAUGGCCUAGUGCGGGUUCUGAUGAUCUUGGAGUUUGGCCACUUCCACAAACUCCAAGAGGCUCCAUCAGACCCUAUGAUUCAAGUCAACCCACCAAGGAUUUUCUGUUCAAGAGGGACAAAUUGGCUUUCUUUGAUAAGGAGUGUUCAAGAAUUGCCGAGCAUAUAUACUUGGGGAGUGACACAGUGGCCAAGAACCAUGAACUCCUUAGGCAAAAUGGAAUAACACAUGUGCUCAACUGUGUUGGGUUCGUUUGUCCUGAGUAUUUCAAAAGUGACUUUGUGUACAAGACACUUUGGUUGCAAGAUAGCCCCACUGAGGACAUCACAAGUAUUCUCUAUGAUGUGUUUGAUUACUUUGAAGAUGUUCGCGAGCAAGGUGGGCGUGUCCUUGUCCAUUGCUGUCAAGGGGUUUCUCGAUCAACGGCUUUGGUUAUUGCUUAUCUCAUGUGGAGGGAGGGUCAGAGCUUUGAAGAUGCUUUUCAGUUUGUGAAGACUGCAAGAGCAGUGACCAACCCAAAUAUGGGUUUUGCUUGUCAACUUUUGCAGUGUCAGAAAAGGGUUCAUGCUAUGCCUGCAAGUCCAAAUUCUAUUCUCAGGAUGUACCGGAUGGCUCCUCAUUCCCCCUAUGACCCUCUUCAUUUGGUCCCCAAAAUGGUAAACCAGCCUAGUGCACAAGCACUUGAUUCUCGUGGGGCGUUCAUUAUUCAUAUUCCUUCUGCUAUUUAUGUUUGGAAUGGAAAAUAUUGUAACUCGGUGAUGUCAUGCAAUGCAAGGAGUGCAGCCUUUCAGGUCAUACGUUAUGAGGGGGCAAAGGGUCCAAUUCUGAGAAUCCAUGAAGAUGAAGAGCCACCUGAGUUUUGGAUUGCUUUUUCUAAUGAGCUAGACUUAUCAGAUAAUUCUGACAAAGAUGGGGUGGUGGAACCGGUUUUGCCUUCUGAAGGCAUGGAGAGUGGUCCGAGAAAAGUUGAUGGAUAUGAUUUGGACUAUGAGAUUUUCCACAAGGCACUUGAUGGUGGGGUUGUUCCACCUUUUUGUGUGUCUAAUGCAGGAUCAGAAACUUGCCUUCCUGCUAGAGAACACGGUUGGGCAAGACUGAGGAGGAAGUUUGCUAGUGGUGUCAUGAAAGGGUUGCUCACAUCCCCAAAAUGGAACUGUGAUGCUGAUAAAUGUGAAACCCCAUGCAAUGAUCAAUCCAUUGUAAUUGUGGAAGAAGAAAACCAACAUUCUGUUGCUGAUCCUUUGUCACCAUCAUCAAAUCAUCCUUGUAGUUCACCAGAUUCCCUUGAAUGUUAUCUAAAUACCAGCUUAGGCAGGGAAAAGAAUAGUCCUGAAGCCAUGGAAUUGUCUGUUUCCGGUGCUGCUUCAUCACUGCCACUGUCUCCUUCCACAUCAAAUCCUUUUCCUAUUUUUCUAAGCAACAGCCCCAAAUUCAAUUCCAAGUCACCAACACUUUCACCUUCAAGUUCUGAUUACGCAAGUUCAUUUACUUUUUCACCAUCCUCUACCAACUGGUCUGACUUAUCAUUUGUGUCUUCUCGGCAACCAUCGCCGUCUGGCCUUGAAUCAGCUGAACCCAUUUAUGUUAAAGAUGCAUCUUUCUCAGAAAGUUCCUCUUUACUUCACAAAGAAGUUGACUCUUCACCCUCGGAGGCAUUUUCAGCUAAACACAACUUGGGAGAGGGAAACUUCUGUUUUCCAUUGAAAGGAUUUUCCCUCUCCAUUGCAGAGCGCAGAGGGAGUAAUCCACCACCUCGGAUGUUGCUAUCCUCGGCCAAUGAAUCCUCUCACGUACACAAGAACCUGGAGGACUGCACCAGAUAACAUCGGAAUUAUAAGAAUAAACUUUCAAAUAUUUUGCCCGUUAACAUACUGAAAUCAGGACACGCACAUUGCAGAUGGUAAAGUCAGUAUUUGUUCACAUAUACCAAAAUACUGCAGAAAGGGGACACCCAAAUGAUAUGGCCCAAAUGUACGUUUGUUUCUUAGAGUCCAUUAUUGGACCUUAAAAGUGCCAUUGUCGGACCCAGCGCACUGCAUCUCAAGGCUCUGUUGGACCAUGACCGUGUGCUCGAGCUCUCCCCUUUACUCCACCCAUCCUCCUGCGACAGCUUGGCCUUCUUUGCUUUUAGUGCCUCGUUAAUUUCAUCCCACACGUUUACUUGCCCAUUUUCUGUAGAGAACCCAAACGUAUGUUUACAUGUUUCUACACACUGUCCACUCCAAGAAUCGUAAACUGUACAUUACAUUACCUUUAGCAGGGAUAUGACCGCAUUCUGACUUGCAACUUUCCGCGGCAGUUUGACCUCCCGCAAGUUUUUUAUCAGUGCUACCAUUGGUUGCUUUUGCCGCAAAAUUUUCACCAUUGCUACCGUUAGUUGAUUUUGUUGGAUUGACCAAAGCAUCACUAGAAACAAUUUCAGUUUCCAAAUCAGAAUGGCCACGCUUAACCAUUCGAACAUCAGCAAGCAAUGCAUGAUCUAUCUGGUGAAGGAAAACACUUGGUCAUUUUCACGCAAAAAAGCAGCAGCAGCAUUUUGGUUUUGUUAGAAAGAAAGGUUUCUUAGACAUUCAAUUUCAAUUAAGGUUUUUACGCUACGUCAGGAUAGAGUGUAAGAUAAAAUCAAAUACAUAUAUAUGCACGGGCACUAAAAGUUCGUCCCCAGUGAGCGCAAAAUCUAGGGAGAUUAGUUUCAUGUUUUGUUUAUAAAAUUCAACGAUUCAUUGGAUUAACAUAAACCAGGCAUAAAACUUUCCUCUUAUAUAAGCUACAGCACAGAAAUAAAAUAAACGAUGAACAAAUUACAAUGGAAU